GUUGCCGAUAAAGCAGGCUGCGCCGCGCGCUGCUACCGCCUGCGCCUCACCUGCACGGACGGGCCGGGGGCGGGCAGUGCCAGCAGAGCCCGCCCCGGGGCCGCAGCUGUCCGCUGGCGGGAGGCGGCUGCAGCUGGGAAACAGCAGCUCCGGUUUCUGAGAUCGGAUUUGGGGGUGGGGUGGGAGGUGUGUGUGUGUGAGAAAAGCCGAGCGAUGGAGCUUCCCUUCUUUUGACAACGCUCUCCCCUUCAGGACUAAGCCUGCACUGGAAGUAAAAGAACUACGUGGGAGAACAGCCGAUCUCACCUCCGCGUGGGAAGCGGCUGCGGAGCAGCGUGUGCCGACAGCCCGAGGAUAUCGCUGCCUGCACGCCGCUGCGAGCCCGUCCGGAACGGCUCCGCCGCCUCUGUGCUUCACCGUUGCCUGCAGUCAACUAACGUGCAAUUUGGGUUUAAUGGAGCUGGGCUUAUUGUUCCUCUUUGGACUUACAAUUACAUCGACUGCAGGGUCCUCGCCGCCCCGACCCCGCUCCCUGCCGGCGGGCGGAGAUCCGCGCUCGGCGGCGCUGGGGCAGAAGCAGCGGGAGGAGAGCGGAGCGGCGGCGGUGCCGGGCGGCGGCAGGACCAAGGCGGACGGCGGGGUGCUGAGGCGCCGAGCACGGCGCUGCACUUGUUACACCUACAAAGACAAGGAGUGCGUCUACUACUGCCACCUCGACAUCAUCUGGAUCAACACCCCCGAGAGGACUGUGCCAUAUGGGCUCUCCAACUAUAGAGGCAGCUUUAGAGGCAAAAGAUCUACAGGCCAGAAUCAAAGUAUUUCCCAGCCUUCAUUCCGGUGCUCUUGUUUGGAUAUUUAUGACAAACAGUGUAUGCAGUUUUGCAGAAGAAUGCAAGACAGAAGAAGAAAUCACGGAUCAGUGAAAACAACAGAGAAGGACCAGUGCAGGGAAGAGGAGCACGCGUUCGUUCAGUAGCAGAGCUUGGAGGAUUCUGAACAGCCAGCUUUAACAUUUGCUUGCUGAAGCUCAGAAGCAACAGCUUGAGCUACAACUCUCCCUUGAGAUGGACAAAAUUGAUGCUUCAGUCUGAUGCCAGCGGAGACUUCAGCAGUAUGCAACACUUUCAUUUCAUCAGUGCCAUUCUGAGGGCACGUGAACCUGUAUGAAGAAGCUCCCUCCAUGCUCCCCUCCUGAGAACCUCAGUAAAGGAUCUGUGUCACCUAACCUGGCAGGGAACGGAUCAUCACUGGAGAAAAAUUCAAAGGCAGAUCCAAACUCCAGCGAGUUUCAGGAAACGUUUUUCUACCUGGUUUAAAAAGUACGAUAGAAACAUCCUGUUUCACUUUACUGCUUGCUACAUGUCUGAAGAAUCCAUCCAGUGUUGUGUGGGCAACAGUAAUUGGACAAGGUGAUGAGUUAGAGGUUGCCUGUAUGUGGGUGCUCAAUAAGAAUAAACAGAUACAAAAUGUUUCCUUUGUUAAUGUAUGCAAGCCUGAAUCAUCAUAUUGUAACUCUGUGGCAGAUGUUUAAAUAACAUUAUCUAUGCAGAAUAAAUAUGAACAUCUAAUAUAAACAUUACUAUAAACUAUAGCAAGUUAAGAGUAUACGUUGAGUAUUCAAUAGAUUACCAAAUUUAUGCACAAAUUAUUCCUGCACUACGAAGUUCCAUUCAAAGACAUUUACAGUGAUUAUUUAGGGACGUGCUGUAAUUGAUGAGCAGAACUCCAAUAAUUAAUCCCAAAGAAUUUCCUAGAGAUGAAAGGGCAGGACUGUGGAACUUCAAAUGAAACUUCACACACAAGAGUUUACUGUACUGGACCACAUACUAUCCAAAGCACUACGUACAUUAUCAUCCAUAGUUCAUACAUUCAUCUUUGCUAGUACUUUAAAUCACAUUGUUAUCUCUUCACUGAACAACUUGGAAACUUGGCAAUAAGAUUAUUAUAUCCACCCCUGGACACUUCUCAAUGGAAAUGAUUUCUUCAGAAAUUAUGGAAUUCUUAUUUUUUUAUUUUUAUAGGAGGAUGCAAGAGUGAGUAAGCUAAAAAAAGCCUUGUUCAGUAAUAUAAUUUAAAAAGAGAGAGGAAACCCCCCUGCUUGUGACAUUAGAGAUGUUUGGGGCUUUUUUGUUUGACUGAACUUCAUGCAGACUUUCCCCAAGGUGCAUAAGUUAAACUGCAACCAGAUUACAUUAAAUUAUAUUUUAUCAGAAGAUGGAGACUAAAACAAGAACUGCAAAAUAAAAGGAACUUAAUGGUAAAAAAAAUAAAAUAAAUGGUUAUAUGGACUUAAAACAGUGGUAAUAGGUUUUGUUUGAACAAAGAAAGGGAGGUCUUUGCCAAAAUAUAUGAUAUAUUUUAUAUAUAUGUGGAUAUAUUUCAUAAAUAAAUUAUUAUAGU